AUGAAGCGAGGUUCACUGUUUCAUCAGUUAUCAAUCUUUGGAAUUAGCCUAGUAACCAGAGAUUGCAGUCGUGUCGUAAAGUUUCCACAAACGAUAAGUGCCCUAGUAGUUCAUCGGCCAGAUGUUGAUAUCAUUGCAGAACAGAAUGGAAACCUAACUCUUCUUUCUGGAUAUAAUGGGGACAUUAAAAUCUUACCAGGUGCAAAUGAAAGCGGAAGUGUGUUUGUUUUUGACGGGGAAGAUCUUCUCUAUCUAAUUCAGCUGAUCGUUAGUCUACCGCCAGUAUGGGACGAACACUCUCCAUUUGGUUAUGUCGGUGAAUUUCAUAGUGGCGAAAGAGUCAAUAUUCAACUAAAAGCUACAGACCCGGAAAGAACCAAAAUCACGUAUCAAUUGAUAGGCGGUGAACUACCACCGGGAAUUAAACUGGAUCCAAAGAGUGGCAUAUUGAAGGGACUGGCCCCAAAUACCGAAGAGUUCUAUACCUUUACUAUACGGGCCUUUGAUGAACACGGAAAACAUGCUGAUAACGUUUUUAAAAUGCUAAUCCGCGGGGCUAACAAAUGUGACUCCAAUCCCUGUGUUCAUGAAGGACGUUGUGAGGAGGUUAACGGAAGUUACACAUGUCACUGCCCAUACCCAUAUGGCGGAAGGACUUGUAAUUUGGAUUGCAGGAGUAACAGUCUAGGUAUCCGUCAAAGUCAACGAUGGAUCCCUGAUGCUCAGAUGACUGCCCACAGAUCACAUAGCACUGAGUUGGCUUAUAAUGGCAGGCUUAAUGGCGGUAGUACUUGGUUAGGAAAAGAUAGAAAUUCCUGGCUGCAAGUUGACUUAGGAAAUGUUACUCGUGUCUACGGGACGAUAAUGCAGUAUUAUGGGAGUCGCUAUUACACAAGUUCAUACUACCUUACGUACAGCAUUGACGGGAACAAUUUCCUUAACUACACUGUUGGGGGCAAUCCAUUGACAUUUUCAGCAGGUGCAAGCACUUACACCAGACCACUUCCGGAACCGAUUGACGCCCGUUUUGUCCGAUUCAAUCCCCUUGGAUGGUACUACACAGGACCAUACAUGAAAGUGGACAUUCUUGGUUGUCACUAUUACAAUCUGUAA